GUGCCGCAGCAAUCUCUGGCAAACGACGACACCGCAGUGGAAUCGAAUCCUCCGCAGACACACCUACCGAAGAACCGUCAGAAGUAUCAGCCAGCGCCCAAUCGUCGCUUACCACUGAAACCUACCACUUCACCACCGUUCACAACGACGCCGGAAAUCAUCACGACUACCGAAAGAAUACCUGUUGCCACAGUACUUCCAGAGGACGUGACGUACACUGGCAGGCCAAAGUCUAGACCAGACGAGACGAAACAAACUAGAGUAAGGGGCAGAAUACGACGACCCAGUAGAAAACGCGUAACUAGUACGAGUACAACGGAAUCCGUGCUUGAGACGCAUAACGAGCUACCAUUGGACGAAAAUUAUCCGCUUAUACGGCCACAAUCUGUGACCGCAGGGCAACAACAGAGUCCGUACGAGGACAAUUACGAUAACGCCGGUGGAUUCGCCGAUGGAGCACGUAAUCCAACAUCCGAACAUCAAUUCUACGAUGCCUCUAGCGAGAACUAUCCACCCGAGUUCAUCCUAAACUUUGGUAACUACCCGGCGCAGCCAGUUCAACGUGAAGAGUACGAUCAGACUCAACUAGCCAGCAUUUCACCGAAGAAAUACAGCAGCCAGGCUUCAAGGACGAGGCCUUCGGAAGAUGAUCGUCAGAUGACGGCGGACAUCUACGGAUCUGAGAGUCAAUGGUCCACGAAACUGACGAGAACUUCGUUUCAGCCGAGUUUCGCGGUGAAUCAGGUUCAGCCGGAGGAGGCUCCCAAGAGCAAUCAACGGUUCCAUGAAUCUUUAAAAAACGCCAACCCACCAGAAAUAAUCACAGCAGCGCCGGACGUCUCGUCUGUAACGCUGGUAGUCUCUUCAGACGACAGGAAGGAAGAGGACACGCAGAAGGAAGAAACUGAAACGAUGUUAAUUGGCACGACGAUAUUUGGUAGGAAAACCGUCGUGCAGGAUCACACUGAGAAGAUGAAUACAAGUACUGAAACAAGUACCACGGCACCGGAGACCAAAGAGGAAAGUAACAGCGAGGGUGAAGUUGAUCAGAAUGGAGAUCCUUGGUUGGUGGAUAAAGCGAAGGAUUCUACUGAACAACAGAAUAUUGAUUUGGAGAAGAUUGCGAAGAAAAAUGAUAAUUCCACCAGUCCAGUUGGAAAGAAGGUAAGAGCUUUCGAGUUGUUUGAUAACUAUUAAUAGUCUUGAAUGAGAUUCUUGAGAAGUUUAAAAAAGUUUCAUAUACUUAUAUGUAUAAAGCCAAACAUAUACAUCAGAUGCUUCAGAAAAAAUACUACUGGAAUUAAUAAUCGCUUGCUAAUCAAUGUUGUACAGUCGCAGACAAGUUUGAUAAAUGAAGUUUGACAAGCAAUAAUAAUUAUAUGUAAUAAAAUGGGCUAAAUAUUAAAACGGAUGUACGUGAAAUAUAUAUUGAAAUUAAUCAAAUACUCAGAAGGAAUCAAUUUAUAAACUGUGA